AUGACUGUCCCGAACGGGGGAGCUCCACAUGACAAUGAGAAGGAUGAUGCUCACGACAAGUUGCCCGAGAUCCACCUAGCAGCCGAUGGCCUCCCACCGAUGCACCACUACAUCAAACACCACGAGGACCACGGCCACGAGAACGGCGCGUUCGAUGAUGACGGCUUGAAGUCGCCGCCGUUGAGCAGGAGAGGUUCCGAGGAUACCUUUGGGUCGGAGGUUGCCUCGCUGCCAGAACUCGGUAAAGAACGGGCU